CCUGAGCCGAAGGCAGACGCUUAACGACUGAGCCACCCAGGUGCCCCUAGAUGUGCUUUAUUUAUAGUACAUGUCAGUGGAUUGAACACUACUAGUUCUGUCAGGUUACCUUGUUCUUGUGCAGUUCUUGAAAUAAAGCCCGCAGUUGAAAGACUCUGAGCAUCGCAGCUGCUUAUGUUCAUUCGGCAGUCAACAGGAAAACCCUCAGAAAUAAAUGCAAAGGCAGCUGAGCCUAAUAGGGUAAGUGGCAGGCCUUGGAACAGUCAGCUGCCCUGAGAUCUCCCUCUCUCCAUCUUUUCCUAGCUGUGUGACCUCAAGUAAGGUAGUAGACCUCUCUGAGUCAGGAUCCUCAUCUGUAGUGGAGGGAUAGGGACACAGUUGAGAGGAGUGGAUGCAUUGAAGCGGAGGAAAGGGCUUAUAGGGCUUAGUCAGUGUUCACUGUUAACAGCUGUUGUUACUGUUGCUAUUUCAUCUUUAACCCCAAAUGUCAAAAUUUUGAAGAGUCUUCAUUUAUUCGUUGAUUGAAUUUAUAAGUUAAGGGCUGCCGUAUGUAAGUUUCACAGAAAUGCCCUUUGCUUAAAAAAGGUGUGUGUCAGGGAUAAAACCUUCGGUUUAGACUAAGAGAGCGCUAGUGCUUCAGUCCAGCUGCCCGCAUAAUACGUCACUCAGAAACCUUCGCAGUGAAUUCGGUCUCUAGGGUUCGGAUCCUCUGGCUUCCUCAUGUCUGCCUGCAUAAUCCUCUUCUCUGUUCUGCCCAGGACUCUUACUGAAAUUUGACUGAAGAAAUGGUCAUGAAAGAAACCUUUCCUUAAAACUGCCAGUAAAGACUUCUUCACGUGUUCAUCCCACAGAAACUUCUUGCACUCCUAUAAUGAGCCUGGCACUGUAGUGAAACGCUUUUACCUGCUGUCCGUGACCCAGUGAAUCUUCCUAGGGGCCCUAGGAGAUAAUGAUGCUGCUUGAGCUGAACAAUUAAGUUUUCAAGUACAUGUUGUUGGACAGCCACAUGUUCUCAUCUACGAGGUCAAGAGCGGCAUGAGCUAUGAACUGGUUCAGACGACGAUGAUCAUCCUAGAUGACAAUUCCACUAUGCCCCCCAAAUCUGACGUGUUGAGUCAAGAUGAACUGCGAAAAAAGCUAUACCAGACGUUUAAGGAUCGGGGUAUACUGGACACGCUCAAGACACAGCUCCGAAACCAGCUGAUUCACGAAUUGAUGCACCCUGUGUUGAGUGGAGAACUGCAGCCCCGGUCCAUUUCAGUGGAAGGGAGUGCCCUCUUAAUAGGCGCUUCUAACUCUCUAGUGGCAGAUCACUUACAAAGAUGUGGCUACGAGUAUUCACUCUCUGUUUUCUUUCCAGAAAGUGGUUUGGCCAAAGAAAAGGUAUUUACUAUGCAAGAUCUAUUACAACUCAUUAAAAUCAACCCUGAAUCCAGUCUCUACAAAUCACUGAUUUCAGGAUUUGAUAAAGAAAACAAAGGUUUUCUCAUGCAGUUUUUAAGAGAAUUGGCAGACUAUCAUCAGUCCAAAAUGAGCUGUGAUAUGGAAACUCAGACAAGUUCAGCAUUUCCUAGCAAAGACUCUCUUGCAGAAAAGCUUCAGCUCAUUGAUGAUCAGUUUGCGGAUGCUUACCCUCAGCGUCCCAAGUUAGAAUCUUUAGAAAUAAAGUUAAAUGAAUAUAAGAGAGAAAUAGAACAGCAGCUUCGGGCAGAAAUGUGUCAAAAGUUGAAGUAUUUUAAAGAUACCGAAAUAGCAAAAGUUAAAAUGGAAGAGAAGAGAAAGGCUGAGAGGGAGUUAGCUGAGUUCCGGAACGAAUUGGAGCGAGCUUGUCAAGCAAAAUCUGAAGCCCUCAUUUCUCGGGAAAAGAUGGCUCUUGAGAGAAUUCAAAAGCACCAAGAGAUGGAAACCAAAGAAAUUUAUGCUCAGAGGCAGCUUCUACUAAAAGAUAUAGAUUUGCUAAGAGGCAGAGAAGCCGAGCUGAAGCAACGGAUCGAAGCUUUUGAAUUGACUCAGAGGCUGCAAGAGGAAAAAAAUAAAAGCCUAACUGACACACUGAGGAAGCGGGAAUUGAAUAUAAAGAGCAUUGAGGAGAGCUAUGACCAGAAGCUCAAGAAUGAACUUCUCAAGUAUCAACUUGAAGUAAAGGAUGACUAUAUCACCAGAACGAACAGGCUGAUUGAAGAUGAAAGGAAGAAUAAAGAAAAAGCUAUACAUUUGCAAGAGGAGCUCACAGCUAUUAAUUCAAAAAAGGAAGAAUUUAAUCAUUCAGUAAAUCGUGUCAAAGAGCUUGAGCUUGAGUUAGAAUCUGUCAGAGCCCAGUCUUUGGCAAUAACAAAGCAAAACCAUCUGCUGAAUGAAAAGGUGAAAGAGAUGAGUGACUAUUCGCUACUGAAAGAAGGGAAACUGGAGCUUCAGGCACAAAAUAAAUUACUUAACCAACAACUGGAAGAGACUAGAAAUGAAAACUUGCGUCUCCUAAACCAUAUAGCUCAGCCAUCUCCUGAGCUGGUGGUUUUUCAGAAAGAACUAAAGAAAGCCGAACAUGCCAUCGCAUUUGAGCAUAAGGAGUUCGAAAGCCACAGGCAGGCUCUGCAAAAACAGCUGCAAAGUGAAAUUGAACAUUCUGCACAGCUGAAGGCCCAGAUACUUGAUUACGAUAACUCUAUAAAGAGGUUAACUCUACAGGUUGCCGAUUUGAAAUUGCAACUGAAACAAACCCAGACAGCGCUCGAGAAUGAAGUGUACCGCAACCUGAAGCAGUCUCUGAUCGAUUGUUCCAUCAGUGGACUGCUGAAUGGCAAGACGGUGGUGCCUCAUAAUGGGGAUAUAAGCGGGGAUUUCUUGAAAAAUCCUCUCGACCAGGAAAGGCUGAUGGCGGUUAUACCAAGGAUCAUAAAUUAUCCAAAUGCAAGCACGGAGAGUAGUUCCCCCGAUUCUGACCUUGAGUUUGUAGCCAAUACCAAAGCAAGGGUGAGAGAGCUAGAGCAAGAGGCCGAACGUUUGGAGAAAGCUUUCCGAAAUUACCAUCAAAGAGUUAGUCAGCUCCCCGCUAAACGCCCCUUAGCAGCCAACAGCCAGCCACCCCUGCACUUGCUAGGGACACUCAAAAGCAUCACCUCGAGUUCGCCCCAAAGACGCACUUGUGCCGAGGACAGAGUUGUCUCUGAGCCUCCGGUGGGCACCCCCGAAGAGGACAAGAGCAGCGCCUCGCGGCCACGCAGGAGCACCACCUCCAGACGCCUCUCCUCCACUCCUGUUCCCAAAGCAAAAAGGAGCCUCAGUGGUGAAAUGUAUCUGGAAGGUCUGGACCGAUCCCACACUGCUGGCCCCAGUCCUUGUCCCAACAGAACACCCCGGCCUUCACCCACUGAGUCCAGGCACAGCCCUUCCGUCCACCCGCUGCCCAGCUCUCCAGAGCAGGCCAGUCUUUAUCAAAGACAAAUGGAGCUUCAGGAAAAAAGUGAAUUUGCAAAUCCAGGCAAGCUACCUUUUAAGGACAAUGAGGAAUUUGAAUCAUCUUUUGAAUAUGCAGGGAGCGCAGCGAGGCAGUUUGAAGCGCACGGCCUCCAUCCUGCCGGCGACAUGCCUCACGUGGAUGCUGCUGCGGCCGCCAGACCUAUGUCCUAUCACUACCCGAGCGUAGAUCAGAAACAAAUGGGAGAACAGAAGGAAGAAGAAGAAAUAUGGGAAGAGCACAUGAAAGAACGCAGGCAGAGAGAAGAAAGAAGGCAGAAUGAGCGGCAAGAGGCUUUAGAAAGGGAACGAAGAGAACUAGAAAAAUUGGAUCAGGAGCAGAGGAUGAUUGAAGAAUCAUUGAAGAUUGAAAUGGAAAAAGAAUUAGAAAUAAGUGUUGAAGAAAUGAAAGACAAAUCUGUUUGUGGUGAAAAUCCUUUAGAGAAAUACAUGAAAAUUAUUCAGCAGAAUCAAGACCAGGAGGCGGCAGAUAAGAGUUCAAAGGUUGGCAGAGAAGCCUCAGAAGUGGACACAGUGCCAUCGAGCGACAAAGACGAAAGUUUCACGGGCUUUUCUCAUGAAGAAACAGAUGACUUUUGGUAACCAUGUUUGCUGUCCAGCAUCUUACCCAUAUAAUGUAACUGAAGGCCUAUGAAUUCUCUGUAACAACAGAAUUCUCAAUAAAAAUUUUACAUGUAAUCCCA